AUGGGAGCAGAAGGUAAGAAAAGAUUAAUGCCUAAAUCGGCAUUGCUGGUCAAAAAGUAUCAGAAAAGUAUAAGGUUAGGAUUUGCUGGUUUCAUAAUGGUAUUAACUAUUCUAUUUUUAUUGCAAUCCUCUACUUCUUCUUCCUCUUCAUCUAUUACAAAUAACAGAAGCAGGUCAAAGUCUUUUAUCCCAAUGACGACAAUCAGUAGAUACGAUUUAAAUAAAGAAUAUUUGAUGCCAUUUACUGAUAUCUCACAAAAAGUGGUUCACCCAAUGGAUGAUGGUGAGAUUGUAAAAGCCGCAAUGGUUACAUUAGCGAGAAAUUCUGAUCUUUGGAGUUUAGUUAACUCUAUCAGACAUGUUGAAGAUCGAUUUAAUAAUAGAUAUCACUACGAUUGGGUGUUUUUGAAUGAUCAACCAUUUACUGACGAAUUCAAAAGAGUGACAUCUGCAUUAGUGUCAGGUAAAGCCAAAUACGGAUUGAUUCCAAAGGAACAUUGGUCAGUCCCAUCUUUUAUCGAUGAAGUUAAAUUUGAUAAGGCCAGAAAAGAUAUGAGUAAAAAGAAUGUUCCUUAUGGUGGGUCUGUUCCAUAUAGACACAUGUGCCGUUAUCAAUCUGGGUUCUUAUUCCAAAGUCCACUAUUGGAUGAGUAUGAAUAUUAUUGGAGAGUUGAUACAGAUAUUAAGUUGUACUGUGACUUCCAAUACGAUAUAUUCAAAUUUAUGAAGGUAAAUAAGAAGAAAUAUGGGUUUAUCUUAUCUGUCAGUGAAUAUGAGGCUACUAUUCCAACUCUUUGGGCGACAAUCAACGAUUUUAUUGAGAAGAACCCACAGCAUGUUAAUAAGAAUAAUUUAAUGAAGUUUGUGUCAAAUGAUAAUGGUAAGACUUACAAUAUGUGUCAUUUUUGGACUAAUUUUGAGAUUGCAUCACUAGACUUCUAUAGGUCUCAAGCAUAUAGAGAAUACUUUGAUUAUUUAGAUAAGAGUGGUGGAUUUUUCUAUGAGAGAUGGGGUGAUGCACCUGUACAUUCUAUUGCUGCAUCCUUGUUCUUAGAUAAAUCUGAGCUUCAUUUCUUUGAUGGGCUAGGAUUCUACCAUCCAGAUUUCCAUUCUUGUCCAAUUGAGGAGCCCAUUAGGUUACAGAAUAGAUGCAUAUGUGAACCACAUAAAGAUCAAACAUGGUUAGAUUAUUACUUUUGUACAAGGCAAUUUUUCCAAGCACAAGGUUUAAAGAUGCCAGCAGGAAUCGAUCAAAAUAAAUGA